AAACAUAAAAUAUUUCAUGUUUUGUAUAUUUUGCAAAUAAUGACAUGAAAACUGAAUUUUUAGCAGAAUAUACGACAUUUCUUGUGACCUUCGUGGUUACGAAAUUCACGUGAUUUGUCAUCGACGAUUUCCUUGGCAGUCAAGGACGGUCCGCCAUCGAGGUGGGGAGCGCAGCUGGUGCUUGCUGGUGCCCGUAGCGCUCGGUCUUCUAGGCGGUGCUUCACGUCCUUGGCUGUUUCACUCAAGACCAAGAUGGGUAAUAGCAACUCAGUUACUCUGCAGCCUGAGGAGGUGGAGAGGAUGCAGAAUGAAACUGGAUUCUCGGCCAGCCAGAUCGAGCGUCUGUACAGCCGGUUCACGACUCUGGACAAGUUCGGGAACGGCGCGCUCUCGCGCGAGGACCUGCUGAGGAUCCCCGAGCUGGCCAUCAACCCGCUGGGCGACCGCAUCGUGCACGCCUUCUUCAGGGACGCGGAGGACGAGUCGAUUAAUUUCCUGCAGUUUCUGAAGACGCUGGCCAUUUUCCGGCCGAUCCGCAAGGGUCGCGAGCCGCGCUACAACUCGCGCGAGCAGAAGCUGCAGUUCGCGUUCCGCAUGUACGACCUGGACGGAGACGAGCUGAUCUCGCGCGACGAGCUGCUCUGUGUGCUGCACAUGAUGGUCGGAGCCAACAUCAGUGACGAGCAGCUGGCCAGUAUCGCCGACCGCACCAUCCGCGAGGUGGACCAGGACAACGACGACGCCAUCAGCCUGGCAGAGUUCUCCGAGGCGCUCAAACGCACAGAGGUCGAGGGCAAAAUGUCCAUCCGCUACCUGAACUGAGAGCGCCGAGCCGCCGGCCGGGCCGGGUCACCGCCGGGUCCGGCCGGCGGGCGGCUCUACGACCGACCGGUGGCGGCGGCCGGCGGGCUGUCCGAGGGGCCGCCGCUCACCAGGCCAGUCCGGUGCGCGGCGGCCCGUCCCCCAGUCCGCCGGCAGCCGCCGCGCCGCUGAUUGUCGCCGCCGUGCCGCGUCCGGCGCCGGAGUGCCAACGGAGGAGCUAUAGAGCCGGAGUCGCCCGGACCGCCACCCGCGGCCCGGCGCGCCGGCACUAUUUUUAUACCACGGAGGCCGAGUCGGGCGCGCAAUGUCUCGUCUUCUAUUUAUUAUACCAUUGGACUGUCUCGCUCGCUGUCUCCCGCCACACGCCUGUUGAUCUGGCCGGCGCCGCCUUUUGGCUAGGGUUGCCGAGUAGUUUCCAUGUCACGUUCGGUAUUUUGUCGCGCGCGCACAGACGGCUGACUCCCGAUUAUUGUCGCUCGCGGUGCAAUGUCCGCCACAUAGGUGUCUUUCGUGGCCACGCCCUGGCCGGUCGCGGUGUCCUGUGGUGAAUCGAUGCUUUAUAUAGACCAAUUAUACGCGAACGCGCAUCAUGUAGUGUAGCAAUAUGUAUUCAUCCGAUGUGGGCACAGAAUUGCAUGAUCAACUUAUAUUAUUAUUAGCCCAAAGGAGAUAAAAUCUACUAAUAAACGCCAAUUCACC